AAAGCAGAUAUCAUCGACCUAAAAGCCGUAGAUGACCUGCAUACCUCUGUAGUGGAGACUAUUCGACCUCUGACUGUUCUGGAAGAUCCCGCACAGAGUGUAUUUGUAGCCAAUGAUAGCAAUGCCAGUGAUGCGACACAGAAAACCGUACUCUUUCGAGUGGAGUUAGACGACUACCGACAGGGUACGUGGGAGAAGUAG